AUGCAUCUUACCAGGCUCAACGCGCCCAUUACUUAUUUCUUGCUCUCUUUCUUUUUCGUUUUCUUUUCUUCAUCGACUGCUUACAACAUCACCGAAGUUCUAAACAAGUAUCCUGAUUUCAGCAUCUUCAAUGACUACCUCACCAGAACCAAAGUUUCUAACCAGAUCAAUGAACACAGAAUUAUGACGGUCCUCGUGGUAAAAAAUGCGGCCAUGUCAUCUUUAGUAAGAAAAUCAGUAGACGUGAUCAACAAGGUGAUGCGCAUCCACGUAUUUCUGGACUACUAUACCCUCAAUAAGUUCAAAAGCUUGCCUACUUCACAGCCUGCCCAACUGACCACACUGUUUGAAUCUCCUGACCAACACCGCUACCUGAAUGUCACAAAUGGGGCCACCGUCUCAAUUGUUUCCGCUGCUGGUUCAGAGAAAGUAGAGGUAGUUCGAGAUAUUUCUCCUGAUGACAUUUAUAAGACAUCAAUUGUGGAAGUUAGCAAUGUAAUUCUACCUUCAACCUUAAGUACUUCACCAAGAUCAUCUUCUCCAUCAUCACCAUCUCCGACAGUAGCGUCAUCACCAUCUCCGACAGUAGCUUCAUCACCUUCUUCAUCAACCUUCAACAUCACAAAAAUUUUAAACAACUAUCCAGAAUUCAACCAAUUCAAUACCUACCUAACUGAAACCCAAGUUUGUGAUCAGAUCAAUGCACGCUCAACUGUCACGGUCCUUGUGGUCAACAACACCGCUAUGUCUUCUUUAGUAGGAAAAUCAACCGAGAUUAAGAAAAAGGUGCUAAGCCUACACGUUGUUAUGGAUUACUAUACCUCCCAAAGUUUCCACAACCUGCCUAGUUCGCAGACUACCCAACUGACCACACUGCUCCAAUCUUCUUUCCAAUCAAUUGGCUUUCAAGGUUUGUUGAAUGCCACACAUGGGGACACGGUCUCGAUUCUUUCAGCUGUUGGUUCUGACAAAGUAGAGGUAGUUAAAGAUAUAUUUACUGAGGAUUCAAAAAUAUCAGUGGUGCAAAUUAGCAAUCUAAUUGUUCCUUCAGACUCAACUUCAUCACCUUCAACACCUUCUCCAUCACCUUCUCCAUCCCCGUCUUCUUCAUCAUCUGCUUUCAAUAUCACCCAAAUUUUAAACAAGUACCCAGAAUUCAGCAUAUUCAACGACUACCUGACACGAACUCAAGUUUCUAACCAGAUCAAUGAACGUAGAACCCUCACAAUCCUUGUGGCCAACAACGAAGCCAUGUCCUCUUUAGUAGGACAACCAAUGGACGUGAUUAGAAAGGUGCUGAGCCUCCAGGUUGUCCUGGACUACUAUAACGUCCAAAAGUUCCACAACUUGCCUGUUUCGAAGCCCACUCGAAUAAUCACACUGCUCGAAGCUGCUGACAAACCAAGUGGCCAACAAGGCUUUGUGAACAUCACAAACGGGGACACUAUCUCGAUUGUUUCAGGUGCUGGUUCUGACCAAGCACUAGUCGUUCAAGAUGUUGUUGCUGAUGAGCUUUUUACUAUAUCAGUGGUGCAAAUUAACAAGGUAAUAGUGCCUUCAGGCUUAACUUCACCACCUUCAUCAGCCUCUUUAUCACCUUCUCCAUCACCUUCUUCCUCAACUUUCAACAUCACAAAAAUUCUAAACGAUUAUCCAGAAUUCAGCCAAUUCAAUACCUACCUGACCGACACCCAAGUUUGUGACCAGAUCAAUGCACGUGCAACUGUCACGGUCCUUGUUGUCAACAAUGCCGCCAUGUCUUCCUUAGUAGGAAAAUCAACUGAGAUUCAGAUAAGGGUACUAAGCCUCCACGUUAUUACGGAUUACUAUACCUCUCAAAGUUUCCACAACUUUCCUACUGUGAAGACCACCCAAUUGACCACACUGCUCCAAGCUUCUUUUCAAUCAAAUGGGUUUCAAGGUUUGUUGAAUGCCACAAGUGGGGAUGCGGUCUCGAUUGUUUCUGCUGCUGGUUCUGACAAAGUAGAAAUAGUCAAAGAUAUAUUUACUGAGAAUUUGAAAAUAUCAGUAGUGCAAAUUAACAACCUAAUUGUUCCUUCAGACUCAACUUCACCUUCUUCAUCACCUUCUCCAUCAGAGUCCUCUCCUUCAGUACCUUCUUCAUCAGCUCCUUCUUCAUCUGCUGCUUUUGACAUCACCAAAAUUCUAAGCAGCAACUCAGAUUUCAACCUCUUCAACAACUACCUGACUCAAACCCAAGUUGCUAACCAGAUCAAUGAACACAAAACCAUGACACUCUUCGUGGUCAACAAUGGCGCCAUGACCUCAUUAGUAGACAAACCAAUGGAGAUUAAGAAAAAGAUCUUAAGCCUCCAUGUUAUCAUGGACUAUUAUACUGUCCAAAAGUUCCAUAACUUGCCUGUUUCGCAGCCCACUCGAAUAAACACACUGCUCCAAGUUACUGACAAACCAAGUGGCCAACAAGGCUUCGUGAACGUUACAAAUGGUGACACAAUCUCAAUUGUUUCAGCUGCUGGUUCUGACCAAGCAGUGGUUGUUCGAGAUGUUGCUGAUAAAACUAAUACCAUAUCAGUGGUGCAAAUUAGCAAUCUAAUACUGCCUUCAAGCUUAAUUGCACCGACUUCAUCACCUUCUCCAUCAACUUCUUCAAACCCAGUUAAGUCACGAGCUGCUGCACCAGUCCAGGCUCCAUCUAGCAGCAUUGCAUCCGCACCAAACCUGGGCAGCGCACCAUUGCCAAAUGCACCAAACAUGGGCAGCGCACCAUUGCCAAAUGCACCAAACAUGGGCAGCGCACCAUUGACAAACGCACCAAACCUGGCCAGUGCACCAUGGCCAAACGCACCAAACAUGGGCAGCGCACCAUUGUCAAACACACCAACCAUGGGCGUCGCACCAUUGUCGAAUGCACCAAUAUCCGACCCACCAAUGAGUGUGGCUCUUUCACCUGAGUCACCAUUGUCAAAUGCAUUUGCUGCAGGCCCACAGUCAUCUGGGACUCCUGCAAGGUUUUCUAUUAAUUGUGCUUCUGUGCUAACCAUAAUUUUGGUGUCCACUUUGCCUCUAAUUUCCGUGAUACAGAUUUGA